GGUCAGGGUUUAGUGUUGAUAAGCGCAACUGUAAACUUUUCAAUUUGUUUCAAGUAGAUUAUUGUUGGUGUUUUUGUGUGUUUGACAAUAGAAGACCUAAUCACGUUUAAUUACUUUAUAUUCUAUGUAUAUAUAUAUAUAUAUAUAUUUUAUUAUUAUUAUUAAUUGAUUAAGUGAAUACGCGAUCAAAAUAGUAUAACAUUUUUCUGAGUGAGUGUUUUAAGAUUUGUUUUCAAAACUACUUCGUAUACGUGGCUGUCAUUAUUUUAAAGGCCAUGGGUUAGACAGAGUGUUUAUUUAGAGUAUUGAGAAAUUGGUUUACGUGGAUGUUCCGUGUUGUCAGUUGCACGUCAGUGAUAAAUGGCAGAGGAGUUCACUUUUUUGUUUUGCUGGCGUUUGCACUAAAGCUUUAUAUUCUUUUAUCACAUAAGUCCCGUUUACAAAACGUAAGUUCCAACAAAACCUACUUACUUCCCUGCCUUUUUACAAGCUGUGGACAUAUAUUUGACACUUGUUACUGCAACCUUAUGAUUCCCUUAUUCCAUGUUGCUAUUUUUCACCCUAUAUGAACUGCCCUACUGUUUUUUUUUGACAAAUAUACCUGUGCAAUAGUUUUGUAUCAAAGAGAAUCGCUCCCUUUUCCACUAAUUGAUUUCAUUUGCACUGGAUCUAUAAUUUACUUUGUGGACUAAUAUUGGAAGUGGGCACAAAAUAAAUCAAUUUUAAUACAGCCGUGAUUAAUGCCUGCUCCACUUUGUGACGUAACUAACAAACACAGACUUGCGUGGGAUUUUAAUUGUCGGUGGAAGACGGAUCGCGUGCGCCAGCUCCAAAUUCUGAUGAUGCAAUUGUUAUUAGUGACGUUGGAUUUUUAGAAAACAACAAUGCUGUGAACUCCAAUACUACUAACAGACAUUUUUAUUAGGUGCAGUAAUGCUGUGAACUGUUACAAGAUACAUAUUGAAAUUAUAUAUAUUCUGUAAAAUAUUACCAGACCUUAUUUAAAUAAUAAGUCAAUAAAGAUGUCGUUGAAAGCCAAGGCACUUUACAGCUUCCAGAGUGAAAAUAAAGAAGAGAUCAAUAUUCAGGAAAACGAAGAGCUACUCAUUUUUGACGAUACUUCUUUAGAUGGAUGGCUACAGGGCCAAAACAGCAGAGGAGAGAGAGGCCUGUUUCCAGCCUCUUAUGUGGAAGUAAUCAGACCCCGGUCUAACUCCAGCCUUACAGACACCUCUGUGAGCCCAGCUAGUUCUCCUCGCAAUGGCUCCUUUUACACUCCAGAUCCUCCACACACACCCUCCAACCACCACGGGAGCUAUGACGACGACGAUGACGACGACUGGGACGAUUGGGAUGACAGUUCCACUGUGGUGGAGGAGGAGUCUCGACGAGGUGGGGGUGCUAACGGACAUGCCCACCCCUACCAGACCCCCCACGACAAUGUACAGUACAGACCCAAGCUGCCUCUGGAACGCCAAGACAGCAUGUCCAGCGCUAAAAGGAGCAGUAUGGUGGGCAGGAACCUGAACCGCUUCUCUAGCUUUGUGCGCUCCGGGGUGGAGGCGUUUGUGCUGGGAGACGUGCCCAUGAUGUCCAAGAUCUCUGAGACAUACACGAUUGAGAUGGGCACCAGGGGACCCCAGUGGGGCGCCAACCCGAGGCCCUUUGUCUGCUCCAUCGAGGAGCCGAUCAAGCAGACCAAAUUCAAGGGCAUCAAGACCUACAUCUCCUACCGGGUGUCCCCCAGCCACACAGGCAGUCCUGUCUACCGCCGCUACAAGCACUUUGACUGGCUGUACAACCGGCUGCUUCACAAGUUCACCGUCAUCUCGGUACCUCACCUGCCCGAGAAGCAGGCCACUGGCCGAUUCGAGGAGGACUUCAUCGAGAAGCGCAAAAGGAGGCUGAUCCUCUGGAUGGACCACAUGACCAGCCACCCUGUUCUCUCCCAGUACGAGGGCUUCGAACACUUCCUCAUGUGUGCCGAUGACAAGCAGUGGAAGCUGGGGAAGCGGCGGGCGGAGAAGGACGAGAUGGUGGGCGCCAGCUUUCUGCUCACCUUCCAGAUCCCCAGCGAACACCAGGACCUGCAGGACGUGGAGGACCGGGUUGACACCUUCAAGGCCUUCACUAAGAAGAUGGACGACAGCGUGUUGCAGCUCACAAACGUGACCACCGAGCUGGUACGCAAGCACGUGGGCGGCUUCCGCAAGGAGUUCCAGAAGCUGGGCAGUGCAUUCCAGUCGGUCAGCCAGGCCUUCACCCUGGACCCACCCUACAGCUCUGACGCCCUCAACAAUGCCAUCUCCCACACGGGCCGCACCUACGAGACCAUCGGGGAGAUGUUCGCAGAGCAGCCCAAGGAGGACCUCUACCACAUGCUUGACAAACUCUCCCUCUACCAGGGACUGCUCUCCAACUUCCCAGACAUCAUCCACCUCCAGAAAGGCGCCUUUGCGAAGGUGAAGGAGAGCCAGCGCAUGAGUGAUGAGGGGAAGAUGGACCAGGAGGAGGCCGACGGGGUGAAGAAGCGCUGCCGGGUGGUGGGCUUCGCUCUGCAGGCUGAGAUGAACCACUUCCACGAGCGGCGCGCCGUCGACUUCAAGGAGAUGAUGCAGGCCUACCUGAAACAGCAGAUCCUGUUCUACCAGCGCAUUGGGAAGCAACUGGAGAGCACCCUCAACAUGUACGACAACAUUUAACCCUGUGCUAGGCCCCACUCCCCUUCCUCUAGUCUCUGCUCUCUCUGUCCUGCCUGUCUCUUCCUCUCUCUUUAAAGCCAGGAACCUGUGUAGGAGUUGACAAAAGCCACCAUUCCCACAAAUUGGAGUUCAAUUCCACUGGUCCUGUGCUGGGUUUGGAGCUGAGCUGUGAUGAGCUGCUGUUGAACUCUGAUUCUGCCUGUUAGACCCAGGUUGAUGCACUGUUUGGACAGCCUGUAGUAUUCAUAUCCAGUUCUGUCCGGGUUGAACCCCACUUGGACCCCCAAAACUACUAGUUCAAAAGGGAUCCACUGCUGGUUAGUGCACUCCAGAUAAACGCCUGUAAAUAACUUCCAGCAUUUUCUUCUCUGUGGGGGUUUUACCAGUGGGGUUACUUGGAUUUUGGAUGUUUUAAAGUGUAUUCUAUUCCUAGCUACAAUGGAUUAAAGUCUUUCAGAAUUCCACAAUGAUUGACGUCCAUCUUUCAUUGUUCCUUUUGAAAGCAGGUGGUCAUCUAAUCCUCCGACACUUAAAGUGAGUCCUGCAUAAAUAAUGUAAAUAAGACCUUCAUUGAAAAACUCUUUCAAGAGGAAGUGUGGAUGAUCUAGUGGGAAGUUCUGUUUCAGGAGUAACCCUGGGCGUUCGUAAUCUGCCACCACCCCACAACAUUUUGCAUGGAGGACACUGCCACCUUUCAAAUGACAUGAAUCCCACCCGGUCCAUUGCCCCCCCCAUUCCUCUCAACCCUCUAACCUGGCUGACAGCCUUCAGGACGGUGUGACUGCAGUGGCUCAGGUGUGAGUCGCUUUACCAUACCAAAAUGUCUUUAACUGAAGCACCUUCACUAGCAGUUAACAGUGCCUGUGUGAUAUUGCCUUCUUGGGUAUUCAGGGCACUAGCAAGCACCGCAGUAGAACAAGGUUUUGAAGGACACAGCUGAAAACAAUUCUGAUCAAAUGCUAAUCAACCACACUUCCAAUCGUCCUUUUUCAAGAUGCAGAAUUCCAGUACCUUCUCAUGUAAAACCAAACCUGAUCCAGAGAUGUUUAGGGUUUUCUGUUAUUCUUAACCUGAGGGUUGUAUAUGCACUCUUUCACAAAUAUACUGCUCUAUUAUUGCAAUAAGUUACAGAAAGCAGUUAUAUUUGGACACAGUUAAUUCAUUACUAAACACUAGUACUGUAGUGCAAAAUUAGUAGGGCAUUUUAACACUGUUGCAGACUUGAUUUCCAUACAUGUGUUAAAACCUACAAAGAACAUUUGAACCUCAUUUUGAAAAAAACAAUCUUGAAAACCCUUUUAAAUCAUUAAAAGGAAGGAAUUUGUUAAAGACCUGAAAACUGUACGAGUCUCUUUUAUACCUACAGUAUUUAAAAUAUUUAAACAGUGAGGCUAUUUAGAUACCCCACUGUUUAGAUCAAUUGAAAAGACCCCUUUGUAUUUUUGAAUCUUGCAGUACUGCUGCAGAGUUGAUGUGUCCAUAAUAUUGUGAUAGUAGUACUACAGUACGUUUUGAGAGACGCUUUCACUGUAUGUGAAAAAAAUAUUUUCUUCCCCUGAGGAUGGGAUUCAGUCUUUGAAUAGUGGUGCUGUUAUUGUACUGUAUGUGAAACUGAACUAGUUAUCUUUUUUUUUAAUCCAGCAAGGUGCAACGAAAUAUUUUAGCAACUUUAUUUCGAAGCCGUUUGCUAAACAAAUGGUUUCAGAUAUAAUACAUUCAUAAAAUCUUUUCCAACAAAAAAGAAAAAAACCCUCAGGUUUUGAUAAAAAAAAUUGGUUCUCUUAAAAGGGAAUAUUAAAAUGUACAUAUCCACUUCUUAAAUGAAAUAUGGACUAAUUCCUGUUCCUUUCUGUUUGAAGAUGUCAAACUAGUCACUAUUUAUCAAAGCUCUUCACUACACCAGUAAUGCUACAAAGCUUCCCACACGAAAAAUAAAUAUAUAUGAAACAUAUGGUAUUUAUAAUCAGAUAUAUUAUGGAAUAUAUUCCUAUAACACAUUCAUGAUAUAUUUAGGCCAUUGUUUAAAAUAUAUCAGUGUGACCAAAACAAUAUAUUUAGGUAAAUAUUUUACAGCUAUUUCAAUUGUAAUUCAGAUAUAGUAGAUUUCAUAAGGGUUGCAGUUGUGUUUGCAGAGUAAAAGGCUUUGAUAAAUUGGUCUUAGUUGCUGUAUCAUAUUACAAGUUUGCUAUUACAAACUUCAGUGGACCAACUGCUUAUAUAUAGUUCAAUGUAUGUAACAGGUGUGCAUUUACACUGUGGAGAAAUCUACCAAUAAAAGGCUACUACAAAGUCAUACUGUUAGGGACUUUUAGAUACCACUGUUAAUAUUGUAAAACUGUUGCCAAUAGUAAGGCGUUGCAAUGGCCAGAUCUUCCUGUUUUUUUUUUUACUUCCCAUGCCAAAAUGUAUGACCUCAUCCUUCUAAUUUAACAGUCUCUUCUUAAAGCAGCAAGACUAUAUCACAAUCCUUACCACAGCACACCUUUAUUGAAUAAUUAAAUAGUAAGGCAAUUCAAAUGACAUUUUCUAAGUUGAUUUGCUGUCCUACUAAUUACAUUUUGUAUGAUACAGUCUGUGUUAAGGUGCUGCUCUUCAGUUCGGACAUACAUACACACAUAACAUAGGCACUUUGAGCUAAAGUACGUUUAUAAUGGCAAGCCCCAGCACCAUGUAGCGCACAGGUGUGCAUUUCCAGUGCUAAAAAAGGAAACCUGAUGUAAAUGUGCUGUUCACUAGAUACAGAUGACUUACAUUUCUAUAGACAAGCAGAUCAAGCAUCUGUCACAUAUGUCUAUAACUAUACAAGAACUGAAGAGCAUCUCCUGAACUCAGGUUAAAGCACCUUAACACAAACGUAUACAUUAAAACACAACACAAACAGCAUUUGGGUCAUUUUAACAAGAACCGCCCGUCCGCCCCAGAGAGUGACGUCAUAUAAAAUGUAAAGGGACAGCACAAUUGCUGCCUUUAAGCUUUUCAAUCUGAUAGGUAGCCUGUUGUAUGGAGAGAGGAUGUAAUCUUCAGUUUGAUAUUCCAACUACCUGCAGAUAGUAUGUCAGUACUGUGAACAAGCUCUUAAUAGAAUUGCUGGUUCAUUGAAUUCCCUGCAUGUUAUUAACAAAAAUAGCUUUCCAGGGAGGAAUCAUAGGAGUUGUUUUGUCCACAGUUCAAGCGUCCACGGUAUACAAGCAUGAUUGUAAUCCAUACAUUACAGGUCACCGUGAACUACAUCUACAGCAUACAGUAUAGAAUGUCCUCUAAAAUCAAAUGCAGACAAGCAGAGUCUAAGAUAUAGCUUUUAUAGCUCCUCAUGUGUUGUCCUUACGUAUAUAUAUAGACCUACAUUUCUACAGGUCUGUGAUGCCAUUAAAGGGAAUCACCCAUAUAUUCUGUCACAAGUUCCAACAGCAAAUGUCAGAUCCAGUCAUGUAUAUAUGCUGUAUGUUUGAUACAGCUAGGAGAUGUUUCAUUCCACAUAGCACAACGGGACAGUGACUAUAAUGUAUACGCAUGGAGUUUGGUGUGACUGGUAUGAAGAUUACUGGUAAUCUCAAACUGCGGACUGUCAUGCAUCAUCCAUUAAGUGUUUCCUGAUCUCUUAAAUGCAGGAAGCAGGGGAAAAGAGACAUUCCUUAAGAACAGAAUACAUUCCUCAAUGGGAAAGAAGGGAGGAAUUGGAAGUGGAACAAAUGUCAGGGGAAAUCUGCUCAGUCAGUGGAGGAAAAGGGUUCAAGUCCUUUCAAAAGGCAUGCAACACAGGCAAUUCUGGAGGCAAACAUACAAGUGUAAAGAAUACUCUGACAAUGUCCUUGACCAGUGAGGUAAGGUUAAGGGCAUUGGUGUGUGCCAGCAUCCGAAUGGUGCUCAAUUCGAUUUCUGGCACUGACAUGAAUUUCCCAUGGUGCAUGGCUUCUGACUCACCUUGUAGAUACCCAGGGGCUGGACAAAAUAUUAGAAACACCUGCCAUCUAUAGCACACACGUGUAUUCUGUAAUAAAUGAAAGCUGCAUCUCCCAGUUUUAGUAAAAAUGGUCAAAAACCACCAGUCUGACUUUGAGGAUUAAUAGCUGUCACUCAGCUGCAAGGUCCUCUCCUGGCCGCCAGUGGGGUUCCUACACCCUAAUGACAGUGUUAUGAAGUGUUUCUAUUUUUGUCUAUCCCUUGUAUGUGUACGAUAGAUAGAUGGCUAGUUUGAAGAAGUAUGAUAAUGUUGAAGGUGCUGCUAAAAUUGACUUUUCAGUUUUGUAAGCAAAAAAUAUAUAUUUUUUGUACUGGUAUUAAAAGAAAAAGCAACAAUGUGUCUUAAAUUUGUUUUUCAGCUGUAGCAUGAAAUGUUCUGUUAUGAAACUGUGGGAAUCUUUGAAAGUCUUAAUAAAACAUGAUGAAAAUGGAAGAA